AUGAAUUCGGCGCGGCGCGCAGCGGCGCAUACUCUCAGAAGAUCCCGCAACCCAAUUUUCUCGACAUAUUCGCGAAGAUGGAACUCUACAUUCGAGACUAGAGAAUGGUCAACGCCACUGGCCCGUACAUUGGCCCAGGCAAUGAAGGUUACGGGCCCUAUUCCCAUCGCAGCUUUCAUGCGCCAAGUCCUCACCUCGCCCGAGGGUGGAUACUACACAUCACGACCUGAGACGGGUGAAGUAUUCGGAAAGCAUGGUGACUUUGUUACGUCUCCUGAGAUAUCCCAGGUUUUUGGCGAGUUGAUUGGAAUCUGGACAAUUGCAGAAUGGAUGUCGCAAGGCCGGAAAAGAAGCGGCGUUCAAUUGAUGGAGGUGGGACCUGGAAAGGGCACAUUAAUGGAUGAUAUGCUGCGGACUUAUCGAAACUUCAAGAGCUUUUCGUCUAGUGUUGAAGCGAUUUAUCUAGUUGAAGCGAGUGCCACUCUCCGAGAAGUGCAGAGGAAGCUUCUGUGCGGGGAUGCUGCUAUGGAAGAAACAGAUAUUGGACACCGCAGCACUUGCAAAUACUUUGAUGUCCCUGUUAUCUGGGUGGAGGAUAUCCGUCUCUUACCACAUGAGGAAGGAAAAACUCCUUUCAUUUUCGCGCAUGAAUUCUUUGAUGCGCUUCCUAUUCAUGCAUUCGAGUCUGUUCCUCCAUUGCCGGAGAAUGAAAUCACCGAGCAAAAAGAGAUCAUGACCCCUACCGGUCCACAAAAGCUACACACGCCCCUCAGGCCCAAAAACACACCGCAAUGGCGUGAAUUGCUUGUCACCCUGAACCCCAAGGCCGUUGAGGAAAACAUCGAAGGAGAGCCCGAGUUUCAGUUAAGCAAAGCAAAGGCCUCUACGCCCUCAUCUCUCGUCAUUCCCGAAAUCUCCGAACGCUUCCGCGCACUUAAGUCACAGCCCGGUUCCACUAUCGAAGUCAGCCCCGAAAGCAGAAUCUAUGCUGCUGACUUUGCGCGCCGUAUCGGUGGCGAUUCUGCCUCCGCGCUUUCUACAAAGAAAGGAAAUGUUGAUCCCAAGGCACCGCAGAAGAAGACCCCUUCUGGUGCUGCUCUGAUCAUGGACUAUGGCACUAUGUCGACUGUUCCUAUCAACUCGCUGCGUGGAAUCCAGCACCACCGCAUUGUUCCUGCCCUCUCGUCUCCAGGACAGGUUGAUGUAAGUGCUGAUGUUGACUUCACUUCUCUAGCUGAGGCUGCUAUCGCAGGAAGUGAUGGUGUUGAAGUCCAUGGUCCUGUUGAGCAGGGUGAUUUCCUCAAUGCAAUGGGCAUCACAGAGCGCAUGGAGCAACUUAUUCGCAAGGCUGGAGAUGAUGAGCAUAAGAAGACGCUGGAGACAGGAUGGAAACGGUUGGUUGAGAAGGGUGGUGGCUCUAUGGGUCAGAUCUACAAGGUCCUGACCAUUGUGCCUGAGAAUGAGGGCAAAAGACGCCCCGUUGGAUUUGGAGGAAGCGUCUCGAUGUAG